GUCGACCAGCACAUGCAAAGCUUUGACGUGGGCUUGACCAGGCUCUUGUAGCGCAUGUCAGCAUUGAGCAAAGAAUUCAGGGCUUCUACCUAGGUACGUAAUGUUUGUCGCACAGGUGCGCUCGUAGUGUUAGAGCAGACGCCAUUGUUUCUUUUUCCUUAGUACGGCUGUCGUCCUAGUUUGGAAGUUUGCUUUCCCCCUUGAGCUCUGCAUGCGACGCCGUUGAUUGUUGGCAGAAGCCUGUGCACACAAGGAGUCCAGCCACAUAAUAAGACAGGUUAAGUGGGCGGUGCAUUUUGUAUCUCGUCCGUUCAAUAGGAGCGCAACGAAUCAAAAAAGCUCAGUGGGCAGUCGCGAUGUUUUACUCGCAUGACAUCCUCGCCCGUAAGGGGCCCCUGGGCACAAUAUGGAUCGCCGCCCACUUGGACCGCAAAUUGCGGAAGAACCAAGUCCUCGAGACCGAUAUUACGGUCUCCGUGGAGGCCAUCCUGAGCGCAGACCUCCAAAAAGUUCUCGCGCUCAGACUGUCCGGUCAUCUGCUGCUGGGGAUCACUAGGAUCUUCAACCGCAAGGUGAAUUACCUGUAUGAGAACUGCGAGACUGCCCUGGAUAAGCUGAAGCAGGCAUAUAAGAAGGGGAACGUCGACCUGCCAAAGGAGCAGGCGGUUGCGAGGUAUGAGGACGUCACGCUGCCUGACCAGUACGUGCUGCCAGACCUGGAGGCGUUCAGCGAAAUCUACGCGACGCCGCUGCUCUCCAGAAAGAACCAGAACAAGAAUGUGUCCAGACCGGAGGACAUUACAAUUGUGGACAAGCCUUUGGAUAACCCGUUUACCGAUUUCAAUGACGAGGAGCUGCCACCUGUCGACGAUCUUGACUUCGCUGGGCCGUUUGACGCCACCCCCAGGUCUGUUGAGGUCAACCGGUCCGUGGCGACCCCCGCAGAAGACCCAUUCGCAGAGCGCUUCGAGGAUGACGCGGGGUUCUUUGAACCCAUGGACAUGGAUCCAGAGAAGAUGCGGAGCGCUCCGACAGGAGAAGGGGCUCAAGAGGAUCAAGAUCUUUUCCCGGCUCUCGACACCCCCCUCGCCCCCACCCCCAUGGACAAGGACGACGACACCGUACCGCUCAGCGCGGACGCCGAGGCCCCCCUACCCGAUUUCGACACGCAGCCAAAGCCGGCCCAGGGCCGCGACUCUCUAGACCUCCUUCUGAACGGGGACGCAAUGCUCCCCACCCCAAUUGGGGAAGAUUUGGCGACCCCCGCGGCGGGGGGGGACGUCACGCAGACAAAACGUACCCCCAAGAGGAGGAAGGUGGAUAGAGUAGUGUUCGACCAGGAGACGGUUAUUCCGGGAGCGGAGAUGGAUAGGAGGAUCAAGAACCCGGGAGAUUUGGUGCGGCCGAGGAAGCGGGCGCCGCACACGGGACGCCAAAUCCGGCUGCAGGCCAGCACGCAGGCCGGUCUGGAGGCGCUUAUGCGGAUGCCAGCUGUCAGUGGGCUGGGUCUGGAGCUGCAGGCCGUGGUCCGCGGGAUGCUGGUUAAGGGCAAACCCGAUUUCCUGCCGCUAACCAAUGAGGCGGAGGAGCGGCGCGCAGCAGAUGAUAAGGCGAAAGCUGAGGAGGCAGCGAGGAAGGAACAAGCGAGGGACGAAGAGGAAGCAAAGGGGGCGGAAGAGAACAAGGGCGAGGAGGAGAAAGAUGCGGAGGCUCCGGCAGAAACUGAUCAGGCCCCCCCCGAGCCGUCCCCCAAGGAGAACGGAAUUCCGGCCACGCUCCACGACGACUUCCCCAUGACCGACGACUACGUCCCUACGGACGAUCACUACGACCACACGAUGCCCGACGGAAACUGGGACGACACCGCGCCGUACCUACCCGGGGAGAAUGUCAACAAGGAAAAGCAGGCUGCGGGUUAUCCCGGUUUGGAGGAUUUGCUCACCGGUAAAACGACCGAGGAAGCGAGCGAGGUGGCAGAGGGGGAUACUCCGUCAGAAGAUGUUGCCGCUGCCGGGGGGGUCAAGGGCUGGUCGGUCCGCACUAGGGGGGUCGCCAAUAGGCUGCAGCAAGUGUUCCGGGAAGGGGGGGAGAAGAAGAGCGUUCCGCUGGAGGGGCUGUUGGAGGGGUACGGGAGGAAGACGGCGGCCAAGAUGUUCUUUGAAGUGCUGGUUUUGAAGACGAGCAACUACAUUGAUGUGAAGCAGGAGGAGCCGUAUGGGAACGUGGAUUUGAAGCCGACGCCGCAUCUUAUGGCGGCGGCGUUUUGAUAAGGGGGGGGGCGCAUUUGGCAAGGUGGAAAUGUGCAACGGGCUGGUUUUAAGUUUCAGCUGAUUAAGGGAGCUGCCGGGUUUAUAAUGUUGUAUAUUAAGGGUAAGUGGAACAAUUGUGGUGAAGGGUCCAGAUUAGCAGCCCAUAUUAGGGAAACUUGGAAGCAACAUGCUUCGAACAGAGAGGCCGAGGAAGCAACAGCGAAAGACAACUUUGAAGACUGUCGUUGAAUGGAUUUGACCUCCAAUACAUAUUGUUUAAAACCUGGAGGCAUGCUGUCACUAUCGUGCAGUUGCAUGUUGCAUGCAUCACAUAAGCCAGG